UCCUUUCCCAUAGACCACACAUUAAAUCAUCGGAGCAAAAUGAAACUCUUCGUUGUCGCCACUCUUGCCUUGGUCGCCUUCGCUUCGGCUGAUGUCAGCCAUUUGUCGAGGACGUACUUGCCACCAUCUUCUUACUCUUCGGGAGGCGCUGCUGGUGGUUCAUACUCUUCAGGUGGUGCUGGCGGUUCAUACUCUUCAGGCGGUGCUGGAGGUUCAUAUUCUUCAGGUGGUGCUGGUGGUUCAUACUCUUCAGGCGGUGCUGUUGGUCCAUCCAACGAAUACUUGCCACCUGUACAAAGCUACUCACCACCUGCUCCAGUAUACUCUGCCCCAGCUCCAGCUCCAGUGUACUCUGCCCCAGCUCCAGCUCCAGUAUACUCCGCCCCAGCUCCAGCUCCAGUAUACUCUGCACCCGCUCCAGCUCCAGUCUACUCUGCACCAGCUCCAGCUCCAGUCUACUCUGCUCCAUCAUACUCCUCGGGCGGUAGCGGUGGCUCUUACUCCAGCGGCGGUUCAUACUCGAGCGGUGGUUCAGCUGGAUUCUCUGGCCCAUCCAACACUUACUUGGCUCCAGCUGCUCCAAGCUACUCAUCAGGCGGUUCAUACUCAUCUGGUGGAUCUGCUGGUAUUUCUGGCGGUUCUGCUGGUGGCUCUUACUCCAGCGGUGGUUCAUACUCGAGCGGCGGUUCAUACUCAUCUGGUGGAUCUGCUGGUAUUUCUUCUGGUAUCUCUGGCGGUUCUGCUGGUGGCUCUUACUCCAGCGGUGGUUCAUACUCGAGCGGUGGCUCUUCUGGAUUCUCUGGCCCAUCUAAUACUUACUUGGCUCCAGCUGCCCCAAGCUACUCAUCGGGUGGUUCAUCCUACUCGUCGGGUGGUUCAUCCUUCUCGUCCGGCGGUUCAUCGUACUCUGGCGCCGAUGUUGGUACCCAAUAUGCCUCCAACGGUGGUUAUGUCUACAAAAAGAAGUAA